AUGCCUAUCUCUGAAGUCGACAAGUACCUUUGGCUGGCCUACUGCAAGGCAGUCCAGAAUGCUGUUGGUGGCCUGCCUGGACACAAGCCUGCUCUGUUCUUUACCAAGAAGGCCCAAAAGGCACCUGUUGCAUCGCCAGAUAUUGACCCUGCUUAUACCAACUACGGCAUUAACAACAUCAUAAACAACUUUUUGCAGACCAAUGAUUUGUUCUAUGAUCCGUCUCAUCACAAGACAUACACCCAAUGUCUUCUUGAAUAUCUUCUCUCCGUCAAAGUCGGCGAUAGUGAGCAGGUUCGCAUCACAAUGGCUGGUCGAACCCUGACUAGCGCACUUGAUCAAGCUCUACGUGAGAGAGAACGUGCUCUAGAGAAGUUCGAGAAGGAGGAAGGCUAUGGACUAACUGGAGACGAAGACUUUUCUCAGUGGUGGCCAUCACAUGCUCCAGCGUUCUCUGCUGCCAAGCAAAAGGUUGAUGCUGUGGCUGCAGAUUAUAGAGCUAUGCUCCUCAAUACUGGAGGUCCGGCUGCUAGUUCUCUCGCCAGAGAUGUCAACAGAAUCAUUCAAGCUCUUAUUGGCGGACAGUCUAUUGACGGGAUCACUAUGCCUGCUUGUCACGCAUCAGCUGAGAUCACUCGAGAGCUUCUUGAAAAAGACAGGACACCGCACGCAAUCACAUACGUGCCCGAGUUCAUCUCACCACACUACACAUCCCAGGUGGAGCACUGGAUAAACGGUGUUGGUGAUGGAGAUUCUUCAACUCAGAUUAACGUCGCGGAUGGAAAGCAAGUUGAUGAGUCUGACUUUGGUCAUGCUGCUACAGAUGGCUUUUCGUAUGGCCAUUGGCUCUCGUUCUCCGCCAGCAAGGGAAGCACAAGCGAGAAGGCGGUAUCUUUUGACUCUAUCGAUACUGAUACUGGCCUUGAUAUUCAAUUUUCCUAUGAUGAAAUCCAAACGGUUUCGGUCCCAGCUGGAGAUUGGAACGUCCCUAGUCCUGGAAGACGAUACCAACUGUCAAACACCGCUUCAGACGAGUCUCGCAAGCUCGCGUUCCCAGACUAUCUCGUGGUGGUCCGAAACCUCGGUUUCAAAAUCAGCAUCCGAGAUACGAAGUUCGCUAGACAAGUCGACGAGAUGUUUGAAAAUGCCAAAACAUCGGGAGGUUCUGUGCGAGUCUUUGGUAUUCCUGCUACUCCAGAGGGUGACGCUGAGAAGGCUACCGAGGAGAAUGCCCACGUCGCUGAGUGGGAUCUGGGUAACAGGGUGCUUUCGAUCCGGCCUACGGCUGAUGCAGGUUUUGCUUCUGUUGUUGCGCUUGUUGGCGAGUUGAAUAUUAGCUAA